UCUGAUAGCGAUAGCCUUUUAUUUUGAAGUUAGCUAGCAAAACUACAACUGUGACAACUUGCACGGUAGGCUACAAUAAGGAAAUGAAAACCCUUGUAAAACCGGGCAAAGUGCGGAAUAAUUUAGCGUUAUAAAACGAAUACGAUGAGACACGAUAGCAGAUAAUAAGAGAGUCUUGCUCAAGGCUUAGGGUUCGUUUUGGUUUUGAUUUUAACUCAGUCAAUGACUAUGGAUUAGCUAGCUAGCAAGCUACAUUGAGUUUUUGCAAUGCUUCAGGUGUUUAGCCGGCUAGCUUACUAAACUUGUAUUUAAAAGUUUUAUCAUUCUCAUGUGAAAAGAGCAAGUGUGACCUUACUAUGGACAAUAGCACCAUUUAUGUCCGAGAGAGAGGCAACCUUCGUCGUGUCCGUGGCAUAGUCCUGGCACAGCUAAAGCCAGUGUCAUCAUGCAGAAGGACAAAUCGGUUUGUGCUGAGAAAAGAGCACUUCAUAUUCACCUACAAUGCGGAGGGAAGUCUGAGAUACACCACAAAAUCUCUCUUUGACAUCACUCUGUUAUUCGUAGCUGACAACAUUCAACAUGUGGACUCUCUGGUGGGUUUCCCUGAGCAGAUAGGUGACAGACUUUUUGCAGCAGCAGAGGAGAAUCGUGUAUUUUUAAACGCAGACAUUUCUCCAAAAGCUUUGCAGUUAUUCAGUGAUGCAUAUGGGGAGAUGGUGCUGGGAUCCCUCUGUCUUAGAAACAGAUUUCCACUCUUGCACGAGAGGAUGGAUGAGAUAAAAACAUUUCAUAGUUUGAAGUCUCUGGAUCUGUUUGGCUGCAGACUGGGGGAUGAUCAUGAGAUAUUCCAGCAUCUAACAUCCAGCUCAUUGGCAAGCCUGAUUCAGCUUUUCAUUGGUGGCAACAGUCUGUCAGAUGCCGGCCUACAAAGAUUGACUGCACCUAUCCGGAUGUUGAGGAAGGGACUGGACUGUCUUCAGUUCCUUGAUGUUUCCUAUAACCCUAUCUCAGUGAGGGCUCUAAGAUAUCUCACAUGCCUCCCCAAACUUGAAAAUCUUGAUGUAUCUGGGACCAGUUUGAAGCUUGGCACAGGGUUGAAGACAGCCAUAUGGGACCUGUUGGGGCUCAUUUAUUCCGAGAAACCACUGGACACCUUUGAUCACUCAAGAUGUAAAACAGCAGGUUGGGCCGAGCAGGUUGUGAACCAGUGGGAAACAAACGGCUCACAAAUGCCAAAACAGAAGAAAAUUGAUGAAUCCAGAACAUCAGCACUUCGCUUUUUCGGCAGGCAGAAGUUUGUCAGAGAAGUACUGAACGCAGCACCCUUGGUGUGUGACAACGAGGACAAGGCCAAGAGAGAGAUACUGCAUUUCUUCAGACCUGCAGCAAACGAUCACAAACCAGAAAAUCAGACUCCUUCCACAACACAUCAUCAAGCAGUGCCUUCGUGGCACAAUAUUAAAAAAAGGCAGCGUCAGUUGGAAAGGCGUGACAGUUCACAUCAAAGUCCUCCAGCGAAACGUCUGCCCUCAUCAUCAGCUCUUACUGCAGAGGACAUUGACCUGUUGAACAGCUAUUAAAGAGUGCUACUAUAUAGCAUUCCUCAAAUAGCAGCUUGCAUGGUCGGUUAACCGUUGACCUUUAGGUUCAAGUGAAAAAGAACAGUUUCCAAGAUGAUUCACACUGGUGAACUGUGAAGUCUGUUUCUUGGAUACAGGUGCUGUUUGUAUAUUUUUAUAAAUAAAGUUUAGUAUUUUGUGUUCACUGCCUUGCCUGACAUUUUGCUGAUUGGUAACAAAACCUAGCUGAUUUUGAUGCCUCAUUCAUGGCUGGAGGCAGUAUGUUUUUGGGUUGUUUGUCCAUCCCUCUGUCCUAUUCUUGUGAAUGCAAGAACACCCUGAGAUAAUUUUUUCAAAUUUAGCACAAACGUCCACUUCGGCUCAAGAACUGAUUGAAUUUUGGUGGUUAAAGGUCACUGUGACCUCACAAAACAUGGAUUCAGCCCCAACAUAAAAAUUCAUAAGCUAAUUAUGACAUCAGUUCACAGAUAUAUCUAACAAGAUAAAAUAAUGAAGUGAUGACAUUUUAUAUCCAAGGGUUAAAGGUCAACUGCACUGUGACAUAAUGUUCUGCACUUCUGGCCAUUACUCAACAUCAUAUCUCAGAAACAGAAGGGAAGACAUUAGGUCAGAUACUGAAUUGGUGACACUAAUCUUGAGUGUCCAUCUUGAAACUUUGGUGAUUGUGUAGGUCUUCUGUGCUGCCGAGGGAAAGAUGUAUAUGAAGCAUCCACAUUUUCACAGACAUGGAUGUAAACUGUAACUGCAACUUGACUUGUUAGCAGAGACUUACAACCACAAGGCGGUAAUUCUAGUUAGACAAGUGUGCUCAUCAGACCAUAUAUGGCAGUGUUGUAGGCAAAUUACAUCAAUACUGAAUUACUAACUGGGCACAGCAGACAAGCUGCCAUGCUUGCAGUGUGUGAUCCAGUUCCAUGCUAGUCUGAUUGAGAAUUUGUUUGGGAAUAUGCAGCACUGAAACUCAACGCCAUGAUAAGGACCUUAAAGGAGUUGCUGUAUUAUUGAAUUUUAUGGCACCGCUUUGGAGAAGGUCCCUGUGCAAGGUUUAUGUUCAUGUUUUGUGUAUUUGUAAAUUAUUUUGUUAAAAAAGAAUUCAGCACAGAUUUAUCAUCGCACUGGUAUGUUGUCAAUUCGUGUAGUCUUAUUUAUUCCACACAUUCUUUUUUGUCAGAACUUGAUUUCUACAUUACCCACAAUGCAACUUGAACUCUAACAUUCAGUGUGAGAGUCAAGUGUGUUAUGCUUGUAGCUGCUAAUGUAGUCUCGGCCCGCUGCAGCUGUCUGGUAAACUCAUUCCUUUCUCUCUCCAUGCCCUCAGAUUUUUUUCAUUUGCAAAGAUUUUAUCAGACCCCGCACAGCUCCAACUAAAGCCACAAAAGGCUUUGUACAAUUUCUUUUUCACUUCUGCAAUAGUACUUCCCAAGUCCUGUAAACAGACUGUGAUGUGUAAAAUCGGUGCAGUUCCGCUGUAAAUCAAAUUACCACACAGCAAAUCUGGAGGCGAGGUGGUACUCACAGAAAAACUCUACAUAGCACAGAGAGUGGGGGAAAAGAGGGAAAGGUUAAUAGGGGACCGUCGGCUAAUUUUUGACUCUGGGCAAGGUUAAUCAGCAGGCUAAUUCAGCCAUGAAUUAAACCUUUUAUGUACUGUGUAAUUGCUGCAUGACAUGUCACCUCAGAGCAGUCAACACACAGUCAUUUAAAUCAUCAAAUACAAAGAGACAGUUCUGCAGGUAUUCACACAUAUGCAAUGAUAUGCUAGGAAAAUGGCUGGGUAUGCCUAAAACCUGAGAAGAGGAGCACAUACUGCUUAAAAUAAUAUACUAAUAUAGUAAUGUUAGGUUCCAGUAGAAAACAAGUCGUGUGAUGAUUCAUUAAUGCACAUGCAAGCCCUAAGACUCUUCACCACCUGGUUACUGAAAUUUGAGCAGGGGUGUUAAACAUACAGCCUGUGGGCCAGAACUGACCCUCCCUGCAUCUUUGCUUUCUGCUCUCAAAAUGUCAAAUUUCACAACUUUUUCUCAAUUUUUUUCUAAAUCACACUUUUGCAAACUCGUCCCAGACCCUUGAUCCAGUCGACCCAAAAUUUUGGAUUAUCCACAGACAUCACUGAUGCCCAGUAGCUCACCUGGUAGAGCGGGCGACCCAUGUACAAGGGGUGUGUGGUUUAAAAGUUGAAAUGCUUUAUCCUGUGCUACUUGUUGAUUGCCAACUAUACCUCCCAAUCUUCUGUUACUUGUAAUGUAAGGCCAGGGUUGAGAGUUCAACUCCUGCUCGUCAUCCUGCAUCUGACUCUUUGCAUUUUCCAGGAUAACUUUUGACACUUUACACAUAGUACCACUAUUUGUGUAUAAAUAAAUUGACGAGAUGCAUUCCAGAUCUUUAACAAAAUAAAAUUUCAAUCGGAUUAAGUCAAGCUAAACACAUUUUCACUGAACCCAACAUAUUAAAUAUUUUGCUUCUUGUCAGUGAAAAAAGAGAAGCAAUUAAAUGCUUGCAAUCUGCUUGGACGUCUUGUAAUUGGAUCAACAUUUUCAGAAUGUUCUUUACGCUGAAAGAAAAGGAAAAUUUGUGAGAUGUUAUUUAUGGAUCAUUAUGCAAUGGAUUUACUUGUCCGGCCCAGGAACUGACAUGAGGCUGACACCCUUGAAUUACAGUGGUGAUAAGCCCUGUCACCACAAAGGGAAGUAGAGCUAUUCUCUGCAGUCUUGCUUUAACAACUGGCUGCUGAGUGGAGAAAAAAAUCACUCUACAUCACUAAGUAAAUCAUUUUCACAGGAAAUGGUCACCACAGCUUUUUAUGUCCAGCAAAAUGUGUUACAAAAAAAAAAGAGGAAGCACUAUGCUUCAUGUUCAUAGCAUUGUAACCUGAGAACACUGUGUCGUACUGUGCUGAGUUUGACGUAGACAUGUGUACAACCAUUUUUUAAAUGUUUACCGACAGACCUCAAGUUAGCUGCGGUAUAUGAUUGAAAAAAGUCACACCCACAUCAACAACUUCACUCCAUUGUAUUUAAUCUGAUCCAUCAGUAUGAGAACAGUGAAGCAGGAAAGACCUACCGUGUGUACCGUCAUUUUUAAUUAAGCAUAAGAGCAAAGAAUUUUAUUGUAAAACUCAAUAUCAUCUGUGAAUCACGGCAGUAAAAACAUGAGAACAAACAGGGAGAGUCUGCGAUAUUAGCACAAUCUAUUUUACCAAAAGUUGAGGGGAUGGGUUGAAACCUGCAUCACUUCAAGUCACAAAAAGAUCAUUUAGCCAUUACUCAAUAAAAUAA